CGGUGAGAUGUCGCAGGGCCAAAAAAGGGCGCGAUCUUUUCGCAGACGCCCGACCCCGAACACCAAUCGGGCGAACCCUAGCUAAGGAGUGAAGCUCGCUGCUGCCGGCGAGAUUCUCGAGCCGCUCGUCGUCCGCCCGCCGCCUUCCGGAUUUCUCAAGCCGAUCUUUCACGUACAUUCGCCUCUCUCUCUGCCGAGAUCAGACCGUCAUCGCCCAGCCGUCUCCCUCUGGUAAAGAACUCAGUUUGCUUUUUCGGUGGGAUCUAGGGUUAACUCGCCGGCUCCGCUCGCCAUUGCGCAUGCACUCAGCCGCAUGCCUCGCUCCCUUGGCCAAGAUAUGUUUCUUCUCCCCCUCCUUCGCCGUACUUCCCUCUGUCCACCGGUCGGAGCCGCCAGAUGACCUCUGCCGCUAUUGCCAUCGCAGGACCUUUGUAGGACUUCCUCUUUGAAUAAGAAGCAUUUUUGAGGUUCUUGCUACUUGUUAAAUGGUGGUAGCUGGUGACACAUGCAGAGCAUGGAUAAUCACAUCUUGUAUGGUGUACCACAGGUUGAAAAUGUUGAAAGUUUCAUUAGUAACCUUCACCUGAGCAUUUCAAAUGGUUUUCCUCAUGCAGAACCGGUGUUCUCCUUUAAGACAGAUGAAGGGAAACUGGUGCAAGGAAUCCUACAAAUGCUCCAAGGACACUGCAGUUCUUUGUUUUAUUGGGAUGAGAAACAGCAAAGAUUUUUUGUCAAAGAUGGGAUUUAUGUGUUGCACCUGUCAUAUACGAGUCUGUACAGUAUUCUGAGCCGGUUUUUGUUUGCUGGUACAUGCUUGAAGCAAGUUGAAUUAUAUGUUCAGAAGGUGCAGUCCACACAUGUUAGAGUCCCCACCCUAAAUGCUUUUGCUAAUUCUAUCACUUCAUGGCUUAAGCGGCUGCGAGAUGUUGCUUUGAAGGAGGAAGUCAACUAUGUCAGUUCAGAUACUGGACCCACAGCAACUCUACUGGGAAUUACUAAUUCUUUGUCAAGUCUUUGUGCAGGGGCAGAGGUUCUUCUUCAAGUUGUCUAUGGAGCAAUUCCAGUGACAUAUCUUCAAACAUCCAUACCAGCUAGUGAACUGGCAGUUCAGAUUCUCAACCAUCUUUUCAAAAAGUUGAAUGAACUCUGUCUUGUACAAGGUGGCAAGGAGGAAGCAUACCAUAUGCUGCUUUUCUUAUUUACCGAAAGCUUGUUGCCAUAUCUUGAGGUGCUUGACUCAUGGCUCUAUGAUGGAAUUCUUGAUGACCCUUUUGAGGAGAUGUUUUUUUAUGCCAAUGAUGGAGUUGCCAUUGAUCAACCAGCAUUUUGGGAGAUGAGCUAUCUUCUAAGAGAAGGGAGAUGGAGGAAAUUAAAAUCUAAUCAUGGCCUGGGGACUGAGAAUGUGUCCAAUGGCAAAGCCAGAAGAAAAAUGAGUGAUCAGGAGCCCAUUUCAGUGUCUACCACUGCAGGAGGGAGAGAACAUUCUGAUAUUGAUGAUGUAGCAUGUCCUAUAUUCCUCAAGGACAUGGCUAAGGCUAUUGUAUCUGCUGGGAAAUCUUUGCAAUUGGUCAGACACGUUCAAGACGAGAACAUUCUCCUAUCAUAUGACAGCAAAGUAUCUGGAUGUUGCAAAACAUCAAAGGGACUGGAAAUGGGCCCUCAGACGUCUGAUCGUCAAGGCCAUCCUAAAAUUACUAGGUCUGACAUGGUUGAAGAUGAAAAUGUGAAUUGUGAUUAUACUGAUGAACAGUCUAUCUUCCAUUUUCAUGAGACUAAUCAGACACGGGUUAUGGGAUUUUUGACAUUGCCCGAAAUAUUCUUGGUAUCAAUGGUGGGUUUGCUAGGUGAUAAUGAUCAGACUUACAAGUAUUUAAGGAUGUCAUCCCCCAAAAUUUAUCAGAUAUGUGAACCUUUUUUGUUGAAAUGUAACAUGGGACUGGGAAUUCAAGAUGGUGAACAUACUGCACCCACCUGUGGAAAAACAUGGCAAAAGUUCUUAGCUGAUGUUGUAUACAGGAGGGGACACAGAGACAUUAAUAGAGAGGAUUAUGCUGACUGUAAAACGAGCUUUUCAGUCUCUUCUUUUGACUCAGAAGGAACAGAAAAGGCUGCAGAACUUCACAGAGAGAACUGGCAAGAUGACGAGUCUGUUAGCUUGUUAGGAAAGACUAUUCUUAACUCUUUGUGCCCCGGAAAUCCCGUAAUAACUGUAAGCAGAGAGUUUCUUAGAAAGAAUAUGUCCUCUUGGAAUGAGCUUAAUAUAUCAAAAAAUUAUCAUCUUCCUCCAAUUAAUGAUGAAAAAUUAAGAGAGAACAUCUUCAGUGAUAGAUAUCUAGAUGCAAGGAUGGUUGGGGAUCCUUUGAGCAAAGGAGCCCUGCCUAGACUUGGUAGAACUGAUUAUGCUUUUGGUUUUCAAUUUGAUGAAUGGGAACACAUACGCAGGCAAGAUGAUGAAAGAACUUUGGAAACUUUGUAUGCUCUUCCUACUCUUCUUCCUUGUUUGCAGCAGGAAAGCAGUGCCGUUUCAGAGCUGCUGCCUUUUCAGAAGAAUAGUACCCUUGCAUCAAGGAUCCUCAAAUGGAUUCAGAGUAACAAAGUGAAGGACACAUUACAACCUGCAGUGAUCAUCCAGGAAUGCCUUGCUGUUUACAUCAGGGAACAGGUGGAUCAUGUGGGUAAGCAUAUGUUGUUGAGGCUUAUGAAUGAUUGGAAAUUACUGGACGAGCUUGGAGUGUUACGGGCUAUUUAUUUAUUAGGCUCGGGUGACCUGCUGCAGCAGUUCCUUAUAGUAACUUUUAACAAGUUAGAUAGGGGAGACAUUUGGGACGAUGAAUUUGAGUUGAACACCAUGUUGCAGGAGUCUAUCAGAAAUUCUGCAGAUGGUGCACUUCUCAGUGCCCCAGAUGCCUUGGUUGUUUCAGUUACAAAGCAUGGUGCUGAUAAUGAGGAAACUGAAACUGGAAACGGUUCAACUCCACGGAAUGCACGGAAUCAUUGUUUCGGCAUUAAUGCGCUUGAUAUUUUGAAAUUCACAUACAAGGUUUCUUGGCCGCUAGACCUAAUAGCUAAUGUGGAGGCACUUAAGAAAUAUAACCAGGUCAUGGGUUUCUUAUUAAAGGUCAAACGUGCAAAAUUUGUUCUUGAUAAAGCUCGAAGGUGGAUGUGGAAGGGCAGAGGUAGCUCAACACACAAUUAUAAGCACCAUUUGUUAGUGGAGCAGAAACUCCUCCAUUUUGUCGAUGCAUUUCAUCAGUAUGUGAUGGAUCGGGUAUUGCACAGCGCAUGGUCUGAACUUUGCAAUGGUAUGGCAUCUGCUGGCUCUCUUGAUGAAGUUAUAGAAGUCCAUGACACUUACCUGCUGUCCAUUCAGCGCCAAUGCUUUGUGGCUUCUGAUAAGCUUUGGGCGCUGAUAGCAAGUCGAAUUAAGACCAUUCUUGGAUUGGCACUUGACUUCUAUGCAAUACAGCAAACACUAAGCACUGGUGGAGCAGCUGCUGCUAUCAAAGCAAGGUGUGAAAUGGAAGUAGAUCGGAUAGAGAAACAGUUUGAUGAUUGCGUGGCCUUUCUUCUUCGGAUCCUCUCAUUCAAGCUUAAUGUUGGGCACUUCCCUCAUCUGGCAGACUUGGUCACUAGAAUCAACUACAAUUACUUCUACAUGUCUGACAGUGGCAACCUUCAGACCGUACCCAGUUUUGAGACUGCUGCCAAACCAGGAUAAUUAAGAUCAAAAUUCUGGCACGACAAUUGGCAUACACGGAAACUAUGGGAAGGUGCCGAGUUGCUUUCUACAAAUUGGCAAUUAUGAGAGCAGAUAAGUUUCGUUUUUCUUUUGUAAUUGCACUUGUAAUAUAAAAUCCAGUUUCAUGAGCCCACAAUUUGGUCAUGCCAUUUUGGUGGUGGAUUGAGUUCUUCUCAUGCCAAUUUGCUCUUAAUGUGUUUACUUUGUGCAGGUACUAUCAUGAAUUAAUUUAAUUAGUAGAUUGGAUGUGUACAAUGUUCAAUAACAUUUCUGAAGAUUAUGUUAAACAUGAUAUGACUUGGUAUU